UCAAACAUGAGCGUUCUUCAAACAGCGGAUUCGACGAGCGCUGAGCCGUGUCGCUUGGGCGAUCUUCCACGUGAAUUGCGCGAUCGCAUCUACGAGUUUGCCAUUGAGCACACAGCGGACUUUUGGCUUAUGCAUUCGAAGCAGAUCCGUCCACCCUUCUCUCUGCCUACCAUGAGCUCUUCGAACGAUACCGGCCUCAACAUGCCAAAUGUCCUUGCCUUCAAGCUCCGCCCCUUCACCCCUCUGCUUUUUGUAUCCAAAGAUAUCAGACAGGAGACGCAGGAGGUGUUGCGAAGACUUCAACCAAUAUGGCGCGGUAUUAUUCGAUCCACCAUUCAUAUCGAUCGCAUAGUGUCGCCCUCCCCUGUCUUCCGAGACAUCUGCUCCCGCAGUCGAUUUGUGCUGGAUGUUGACCCAAAUGCCGUAUUCGAUUUUCUCAAAAAUAUCCCACAAAGUAUGACGUCGUGUAUUUGCAACGUCAUCAUCACACGCGCAUGCGUUGCCAGAAGGAGCGGUAUAGAUGCUUGGGAUCCCUACGGGGGAAGUUGUCCAUUCACGGAUGUUCUGCAGGCACGAUGCCGCUCACUGCACACAAUCGCACUCGAAGUUCCGAGUGUCAUUAGUGGUGGUCAGUUCGCUAUUCUAAGCGCGACAAGGUUUCUUCUACAACUGCUUGUAGAUAACGUAGUCAAUUCCGUUCAUUUCGUUCAGCGCCAAAUUCCGCAGGACAACUCGCGUGAACUGAUUAUAUUCGACAUGCUGGAAUCCGUCGCUGGUCUUUCAACAUCUGCCUCGGAACCACAGCAACACGAGGAAAACGCUACACACGCUAGCGCCUCUAGGGUGUUCGACACCCUGAGAGAAAGUGGCGAUUCUCUUGCUGAAUGGAAGGAUCUCGGCUUCGAAUGGUCUUUGAGAAUUACGCGCUUUGCAGAUACAAGUCUUGAUACGUCUACAUAUGCAAGACAUGUUACAAGAGGUUGA